AUGCCGCGCACCACCUCGAACACGGGUGAGGUCGCGCGGGCGCCGGCGGCUCGCGUCGCCGUCAUCGGCGCCGGAGCCAGCGGUCUGACCGCCGUCAAAGCAUGCCUCGAAGAAGAUCUAGAUGUGGUGUGCUACGAGCGAAGCGACGUCCUGGGCGGCCUCUGGCACUACACGGACAAGGUGGAGACCGGCAGGGCGUGCGUGAUGCGCUCGACGGUCAUCAACUCGAGCAAGGAGAUGUCCGCAUUCAGCGACUUCCCGCCGGACCCGUCACUCCCCAACUACAUGCACAACUCGCUGAUGGCCGGCUACAUCGAGCAGUACGGCCGGAGCAGCGGAGCGGCGGAGCGAGUGUUGCUCCUCCACGAGGUGACCGACGUCAGGCAAGGCGCCGGAGGCAAGUGGGCCCUUCGCGUCAGGGACCUCGCCAGCGGGCUCGAGACGAGCGAACUGGUGGACGCCGUCAUGCUGUGCACGGGGCACCACGCCCAUCCGCUGCGGCCGCGGUUCGCGGGGCUCGACGACGAGUUCCGCGGGCGCGUGCUCCACUCGCAGGAGUACCGGACUCCACGGGGCUUCGAGGAUCGCCGGGUGCUCGUGGUCGGCGUGGGCAACUCGGCCGGAGACCUGGCCGUCGAGCUGGCCGGCGUCGCCAGACAGGUGUGGCUGAGCACUCGACGCGGGUCGUGGGUCAUCGGGCGCGUGGGACCCCGCGGCCAGCCCUUCGACGCCUGCUACCAGACGCGGCUGCUCAACGUGCUCUUCCACUGGCUGCCUUACUGGCUCGUCUGCCUGGCGUGCGAGCGCGCCGUCGAACAGCGCUUCGACCACGGCGCGUACCAGCUGCGGCCCAAGCACCGCAUCUUCGGCCAGCACCCGAUGGUCAACGACGCCCUGCCCAACCGCAUCCUCAGCGGCACCGUCAGGGUCAAGGGGCCCGUGAAGCGGUUCACGGCCGACGGGGCUCUCUUCGAAGGAGAGUCCGAGCCCGUGCCGCUCGACGACGUCAUCCUGGCCACGGGCUACCGAGUCCUCUUUCCCCUCCUGGCUCCCGGAGUGCUGGACGUGGGCGAGGAUAACCAGGUGGACGUGUACAAGCUGGUGUUCCCUCCCGACCGGCCGGGGCUGGCCCUGAUCGGCCUGGCGCAGCCCGUCGGGGCGCUGCUGCCCAUCUCCGAGCUCCAGAGUCGGUGGGCGGCCAGGGUGUUCGCGGGCAAGGCGAGCCUCCCACCGGUCGGCGACAUGUGGCGACAGGUGCGCCGCUACCAGGACGCGUGCCGGCAGCGGUACUACCAGGGCCCGCGGCACACGCUCCAGGUCGACUGGAUCGACUACCUCGACGAG